UAUAAUCAUAACGAAGAACGGUCUUAGAGUCACACAUCUAGGCCGCUCGUUCCUCCUCAUCGCAGUUCUCUGACAGAGCGAGAAGCAAGAAGACUUCUGCAGACCGAACAUGGCUAACCUCGGUAACGUCUCAGUCGCAGGACGAAACAGUACCAGGGCCUUCUUCACGACACCUGACGGCAUGGACAACCGGACAGUAAGGCCUUCAGAUUACAAACUCAGUAUCCACGACCAUAUGGACGACCUCCUCUCCUCCAGUCUGACGGCUAAGCUCCUCCAGGUUUCGUGGCUGGCGUCGUCCUUGGUGCUGAUUCUAGGCCUCAACGUGAUCUUCAUCAUCGCUGUCGCGCGCUCCCCGAGUUUGCGGAAGCCGAGGUUUCUCCUGCCUGUCAACCUCGCCGUUCUAGACAUCCUCCUGGCACUGGUCGUCAUCCCGAGCUCUAUAAACAACAGUAGUGAGAGCGCUACGGACUCUGUGUUUUUUUGCCUAACCCAGUGCAGUGUGUACUUCGGCGCGGCUGUAUGUACAGCGUCUAACCUACUCGUCAUGGCGUGGGAUCGCUACCGAGCCAUCUGUUGCCCCUACCAUUACCAGGAGGAGGACGGUAUCCGCUAGACCGGGGUUAGAGUCCUCGCUAUGUGGGUUUGGAUCCGGAGCAUCAGUCUAAGCGCAGGUUCCGCCAUUUUUACUCCCAUCGCCGGAAUAGACGUUUCUCAUAUUCAACGGAGUAACCUGUUCUGUACAUUCGUUGACAUAGGCGUCGAUGGACGGUCUCGCGUUGUUGAAGCUUUACAGAGUGUCGGCAUAGCGACGUUUGUGUUAUCGGCUGUAUUUAUUGUUUUAUCGUACUUUAAAAUUUACAGAGAGAUCCUGAGACAGAACACUGUGUUUAUUAUUUGA